AGCCAGACACCGCUUCCGGUGUCGCCACCUUCUUUGUCUCCGGCCCAAUAUUUCGACACCAGGGCUUGUCUAUUUUUCUCCCUUAGUUUUGAGGAUAUAUUUACACAUAUAUCCCCAGUUUUCUGAUAUUGAAUGACAGUCGACUCUGAAAUAUUUAUGCCUAAAAGUAAAGCGCCAAAAAUGGAUGACCUGGACUACAUCCCGGUAGACCUGAGCCCAGAGGAGCGCUCUGAGCUGGAGGACAUCCGCAGGAGGAAGGGCGUCCUGCUGCAGGAGAUCCAGAGGCUCAGAGAGGAAUUGAGAGAGGCAAUUUUGGAGGUGGAGGGACUGGAGACCAGCACAGAGGGCAGUAAAACUCUGCAGAAAAGCAGGCAUGUGGCAAUGGGAAGGAAGAAAUUCAACAUGGACCCUAAAAAGGGCAUUGUGUUUCUGGUGGAGAAUGAGCUGCUCAGACACACUUCAGAGGACAUCGCUCAGUUCCUCUACAAAGGAGAGGGCCUCAACAAGACUGCUAUAGGAGAUUACCUCGGAGAAAGGGACGACUUCAAUAUCAAAGUUCUUCAGGCUUUCGUUGACCUCCACGAGUUCACUGAUCUCAACCUUGUCCAGGCCCUCAGACAGUUCCUGUGGAGUUUCCGUCUGCCUGGUGAAGCCCAGAAGAUUGACAGAAUGAUGGAGGCCUUUGCUCAGAGAUACUGCCACUGCAACCCCGGCGUCUUCCAGAGCACUGACACAUGUUACGUGCUGUCAUUUGCCAUCAUUAUGCUGAACACAAGCCUCCAUAACCCAAAUGUGAGGGACAAACCUGGAGUGGAUCGUUUCAUCUCCAUGAACCGAGGCAUCAACGAGGGCGGAGACCUGCCCGAGGACCUGCUCAGAAAUCUCUAUGAAAGCAUUAAAAAUGAGCCCUUCAAGAUUCCAGAGGAUGACGGCAACGACCUGACACACACCUUCUUCAACCCGGACAGAGAGGGCUGGCUUCUUAAACUUGGGGGACGAGUGAAAACCUGGAAACGGCGAUGGUUCAUUCUCACAGACAACUGCCUUUAUUACUUUGAAUACACCACAGAUAAGGAGCCACGAGGUAUCAUUCCCUUGGAAAACCUCAGCAUCCGUGAGGUAGAAGAUCCAAGAAAACCUAACUGCUUUGAGCUGUACAUCCCCAACAACCGUGGUCAGCUCAUUAAGGCGUGUAAGACGGAGGCUGAUGGGAGAGUAGUGGAAGGAAACCACAUGGUGUACCGUAUCUCUGCCCCGACACCCGAGGAGAAGGACGAAUGGAUCCACAGCAUCAAAUCUGCUGUCAGUGUUGAUCCCUUCUACGAAAUGCUUGCCGCCAGGAAGAAACGUAUAUCACUGAAGAAGAAGGAGGAACAACCGUAGAGUAUUCCCGUCAUUCUCUCCCUGUCUUCCUUCUCAUCCUUCCUUCCAGCACCGGACACAUGUUUUCAUAUUUGCUCCUCACCACCUGUUCACAAGUUUUUUGUUACCCCUCUUUUCCCCUUCCCCAAAACGCAUCCUCUCCCUGAUAUGAGGACUCGUUGUUAUCCUGUCUACCAGACUCUUCAAAGAGUUUCAGAGGGAAGAGCUCACCCACUGCGGCUGCCUCUCGUUAUCUUGGUUCUUACACUACUGCUGUUAUACACAACCUGACACAUUACAGCCAGAGCACGUCGUCUGUCCUGUUUCUCACCACAUUCCUCUCUCGCUCAGCGUGUAGGUGAACUGUGAAACAUGUCUUAAGAACAUAUCCACACUGAUGUUGGUGAUUUUAUCAACACUUUUUUUCACGUUUUGGCCUGCCACCCACACUUUAAAUCAACUUAUCAGAGCUGCUCACUGAAUGUGGACAGAUUUGCGAAUGCUGGGGAAAUAGAGCAUUUAAAAAUACUAUGAUUGAAGAUCUCGUGCCACUGAGUACUUCCUUUUUCAGUUUCUGAUGAAACCACAAGCAAAACUUAAUAGACCACCACAGACAGUUGCUCAGCAGAAAUGUGUAAAGCUUCUGGCUGAUGCAGCUUGUGUGUGAAAGGGCGACUACGUCAGGUUUUUUGUUUUUUUUUAAAUAUCAUACUUUAGCUUCCCGGUAGUGAUCCUCAUGUAGUCACUUAUGUUAUAGCAUCAAAAUGCAGUUUUCCCAAAGCCCUUCUAAAAACAUUUUCCCAUGUGACCUAAUGUGGGUUUCUGCAUGAUGACAUUGCUCCAUAUAAACCCCCUAAUCUGCCUAAUGUGCCUCUUUGUGUCUGAGCCAAGCCUUAAAGACUUCUCUGUUGUCAAUCUUCCAAAUUAGCUUUAUUCCUCUAACUCCCAAACCGGCAUGGAAGCAAAGCAACGUACUGCUGUGGACGGCGUGUUAGUUUGGGUUUGAAAGUAACACAGUAACACCAAUGAACUUAGCGAUCGAGACAGCUGUAGACCAGCACCUCCCGUGUUCUGUGAGCUUUCAGUCAUUAUUAUUUUUUAUCAGCGCUCCAACCCAGGUCAGUGCUUUUUGCUAAUGGCUGAGAAGGCGUCUCAAUUUGAACCCAUAUGGACCUGCCCUCUAAUAAAAGACAUUUUAUAUCUCUUUAUAUGUGGCGACUGAAAUCUUCCAAACAGGUAGCCUUUUGCAGGGAUCAAUGAAGUCAAUUUUUACCUGCCCUCACUUCGAUUGUUUGAAGCAGGCGAGAUGGCUCACUCCUGCGCCACCUCCAGCAACGUCAGCUCUGAAACAAAGGCGAUGUGUUGAAUUCUUUGUAACCAUUUGCCUAAUUUGGCAAGUAAGUCGCUAGAUGUACUAUCUAGAUGUGCAUUUUACUUGCCCCAGGCAAUCUUCAUUGUUGAGCCCUGCCUUUUUACAUCCGUUUACAUCAGUGUGAAUAUGGUCUUACUCAGGGCAGCAGGCAGCUUCAGCUCUCGUGCUGUCGUCUCUCACAUCUGUUGAUGCCAUCUAAAUAAGAAACUGUCUUUCUUGAUUGUGCUUACCCCAGAGAAAAUGUGAAUUCAGUAUUUUAGCACUAAGAUUUAGUUUCAGUCAGAGGAAUCAGUUGAAGUCAUAGCAGCAGAGUAUUUCAGUUUUCUGCCCCUCUUAAUGGGUUUGAAGCACACUACUACUGUCGACACUUAGAUAACAUUUAUGUGAAGAAACCGUCACUGUUCACUGCUGUUCACCAAGUUACUGUUAAUCUUCAUCUAUAGGGUCGGGCUCGAGGCAGAAAGGUUGCUUUACUCGCAGAAUUAAUGAAGACACACAUGAGCAGCUGCUCGUUUCAGCUCUCUGAGACAGUAUAUAUGUCUUUUAGCAUGUUUCUCUACAUGUUCCAGCAAUAGCAGAGUAACCCGUAGUUCCAGUCUGUAGGCUUGUUCACAGAUUCCUUUAUAACACUACACUGAGCAACGCUCAUCACGUCCUCUCAGAUGUAACAUUCUAGCAUGCCACAAAUCAUUUUCCUUCUUGCUCAACACUACACAGACAAACGUCUGCAUCUCUCUCACAAGUAAUAACUCUGCCAGACAUGUAACUGUUAGAGCCGGUCUGUCCGCUAUAGUGAGUUUCAAGAAAUCACAAAGGCAGCUCAUUACAAUGUAUACUUUUUGUACAUAGUUGUUAGCAUAUUUGUUUACGAUACACAUAGAUUUAAUUUAUUCUUUUGUUAAAAUCUGAUUUUUGUACGAGCUACUGUAGGACUGCAUGUUGAUAAACUGAGGCGUCAGUCAUAGGUACCGAUGCAUCGCUGAUCAUGCUAGUGCACUGAUUUGAAAACUGUUAGUGUUCCCUGUUGACACGGAAAAAUUUAAUAUGGAAGUUGAUUUAUGCGUAGAGUAAAUUAUCCUAAUCAUAGUUGUUUCAGAGAAUAAUAAGAUAUUUAGGAGAUGACUAGUAGUUUGAUUUACCUCUUGACCCGUCUGUGGGUUUGAAGAGUAAACCAGACUCUGUAAAGCACAAGCAGUAAUGACCCUCUGUGAGACUAACGUCCGGUUUCCAUUGGCUGCCCAGUGUCCACUUGAAGUGUGAGGAGACAAGGAACACUAACAAAGCUUUGAUUCAUUAUAUAAUAGUAAAAUUAUUCAGAUGUAAUGAAUCAGUAACAAGUUUAGAUUUGUGUCCAGUGAUAGAUUUGCUUGACAUCCAGUUCAUAAACUUAUUACUAGUAGUUUAUUGAAUUGGCAUUUUUAGAUGGUAGUGAAAAUAAUUGUCUACUGCACUUUAUCCAUUUUAGCAUUUUGAAGAAAAUGCUUUUACUUUGACUGACUCCAAUACUCUGUAGCACCCUCUACUGGUGAUCUCACACACUGCAAUAUGCUGAAGGAUGAACCAUGAACUGUGUAGAAAUACUUUAUAACUCCGCCGCCUGGUCGGUGCCAGCUAUAGCAGCGUCUGACCAGCAUGCACUGUAUUUAUUCACCUGACAAAGAUCAUGUUGUUUGGGGGUCUUAUCUUCUGUAGAAGUGAUUGGAUUGCCUUUUACUCCCCGACAUCAUCAAACUGACAAAGGCCUAACUCUAUACCUUCAUGUUAGUGCUUCUACACAACACAUGGACUGUCUGUAGGCCUUCACUUUCUGGGUAUUCUUGAAGUGCAAAGUUGCCAAAAAAAAAAAAACUGUUGGGACAACAAAUGUUUUUCUGCUAGAACAAAAUAAUGAACACUGAAAUGAUCAGACUGAAACUGGGCCUCUGUUUCUGAUUCCACCUCUUUCAGAUAAUGUGUUAAUUUUGUAUUAUUUAUUUUUAUUUACUGUGAGGUGAAGAUGGAUAGAUCAUCUGUAAAUGUAGCAAAAGGAAAACCACGAUACAUUGGUGCCAGUAAACUACUGUGUAACAAUAAAAGGUAAACUGAG